AUGAAUAUUAAAUGGAUCAUCACUCUCACCAUUCUGUUAAUAACUGAGAAUGAUGGGGUUUCAGGAAAAGAUGUGCGAGUGAAACUUUGCGGCCGUGAAUUUAUCAGGAUGGUUGUGACAUUGUGUGGAAGUUCACGACUGAGACGCUAUGCACCUGAGAUUGACCCUGUGUCCAUCAGUCCUCACGAAAUUCGGUACAACAGUGAUCUGUUUUUCAAUCUGACACAAACGAAGAGCAAAAGUGAAGAUCAGCCAAUCGACAACUUUCCAGAGAAAGUGUUGAACUCAUCAUUAUCAUCGUUUCUCAAGAUCAUGGAGUCUCCAGAACAUUCGAGCUCCAGGCUGAAGCGUGAUGUCGGCCCUGCAGGAGUGUGCUGCAGAUCCGGAUGCACCAAGACUGAGCUGGUUCAAUACUGCUGA